AUGGGAGAGUACACAUUGGGAUCAAGGGUCUUUAGUAUCUGCUCCCCGAAGGAAUUCGUCCUUGAUGUAGAGGAGACUUGGUAUUUCUGGAACCCAAGAAGGUCAAAACUAACAAAUACUGGCGUCCUGAUUCUCGGAGUUUCUGGUGUGUUCUUUUUCGGUAUUUAUGCACUGACUGCACCUUUUAUUUUGCCGGCCCUCCGUCGAAUAUGUCUGCCAUUUGUGCCAGCAACACCAGCACAGGUGGAAAACGUUUUUUCAGCAUUAGCAGGACGAACAGGAACCUUUAUUGAUAUUGGAAGCGGGGAUGGAAGAAUUACUCUUGAAGCAGCAAAACGAGGAUUCAGAGCUUAUGGUGUGGAACUGAACAUUUGGCUGAUUCUGUAUUCACGCCUUUCAGCGUGGAGACAAGGACUAAGUCAUUCAUCAACUUUCAUUCGAAAAGAUCUGUGGAAGAUGGAGCUGUCCUCAUUUGACAACAUUGUCAUAUUUGGCGUGGAACAGAUGAUGCAGCAGUUUCAAGACAAACUUAAGGCUGAAUCCUCUCCUUCAUGCCAUGUGAUUGCCUGUCGUUUUCCAUUGCUCAUGGAACCAUUAGCUAUUUAUGGAACAGGUGUUGACACAGUGUGGCUGUAUAAAGUUAAUAAGUAACAAUUUUCCAAUUGUAAAGCAGGUGAAUGCACUGUAUCUGAAUUAAGCAAAUGCUCUUUUUAUAUUUUUUUAGUUAUAAAAACAUGCAAAAGA